UCUGAACUCGCAGAGAUAAUACAAGCUCUGUACCCGGCGCUUACAACGAUAUGUUCUAGAAUGAUCGAAGUAUUCAUGAUGUUCUCAGUAGGCAGUCAUGACACAUCCCUUCAAACUACUGAAGUAGUGGAUAGCGAUAAAGAAAAGAAUUUAAUUCUAUUGCGAGGGUCAAGACUGAUAUCGACAAGAGACUUGCUGAAGUGGUGCUCUAGAGCUGUAGUCGGCUUCGAUGUGUCCAGUCCUGAGUCAGCACUCAAAGUCCUGCAGGAUGCUUUAGAUAUUUUCACCUGUUCAGUAUCUUCACCUGAACACAGACUAGAAUUGUCCAAGAAAAUUGGCCUGUGCCUCGGAAUAGUGGAAGCAAAAUCGGAAUUCUACUGCAAACAUUACAAGCCAAAUGUAUCACUUACUGCAAAUUUCUUAGAAGUGGGCAGGUCGAAGGUGCCAAGAGUAGAGAAGAGCUUAGAAACAAUAGAUUUUGAUACUAAACAGACUGUGUUUUCGUUUACACGGCAGUCAGCUUGCUUGCUGGAGCGAAUCGCUUGUUGCGUGACGUCCAAUGAACCUGUCCUGCUUGUUGGUGAGACGGGUACUGGUAAAACUUCUUCAGUACAAUACAUAGCGAGACAAACAGGGAACAAACUUGUAGUCAUAAACAUGAACCAACAAUCAGACUCGGCAGACUUACUUGGAGGCUACAAACCCGUCGACCUAAAAUACGUAAUCAGGCCUAUAAGGCUCCAUUUUGAGGAGCUCUUCCGUAAUUACUAUAACGUUGACAAAAACAAGAAGUUUUUGGGUCACAUCGAAACUUGUUAUGAGACAGAAAAUUGGACCGCUUUACUAGCGUUGAUGAAACAGAGCCAAAAAGCUGCAGUUGGCAGGCUGACGAUAGAAAAGUCGGAUAAGUUGAAUGAAUGGGUAGCUCUUGGUGUUAAGCUGCAGAAAUUGGAGCAGCAAGUUAAGGCGCAUCGAAGUUGACCUUCGCUUUUAUCGAAGGGUCCCUUGUCAAAGCAAUGCAAGAAGGCCAUUGGGUUUUGCUGGACGAAAUCAAUUUGGCCUCUGCGGAAAUUUUGGAAUGCCUAGCUGGGUUAUUGGAAGACAAAAAUGAGACGAUAGAUUUGUUGGAAAAGGGGGAUAAGGUGCCCAUAAAGCGGCAUCCUAACUUCACUCUGUUCGCUUGUAUGAACCCUGCUACUGAUGUUGGCAAAAAGGAUUUACCUGCCGGUCUUAGGAACCGUUUUACGGAGUUCUUUAUCGAUGAGUUGAAUGAGCGUAAUGACUUGAUGCUGCUCAUUGGUGAUUAUUUGUAUCAUAUGAAUCUUGGUGGUGGAGUUUUGGAAGCUAUAUACACUUUCUACGCCAGUAUUAAGAAGGAAGCUAAAUUGAGCCUUGUGGAUGGAUCAGGCAAUACUCCACACUAUUCUCUUAGGACAUUAUGCAGAGCUCUAACGGCUGCAGCCAAAGCAAGAUGUGGAACGGUAUCCAGAUCUCUUUAUGAAGCGUUCUGCUUAUCUUUCCUUACCCAGUUGGACAGUUCGUCACAUCCUAAAGUAGAAGCUAUGAUUGCCAAGGCUGUCAUCGGUAAAAAGAAUGUCAAAACAGUUACCAACCAACUCAUUCCCGAACCACAAGUCCAAGGUCAAAAUUAUUUGCUCUUCGAAGGUCAUUGGAUUCCUCAGGGCAAAUUAGAAAUAGCUAUCCCAGAAGGAUACAUCCUUACUCCAACAGUUAGAAAGAACCUUCGCGAUAUAGCUCGAAUUAUUUCCCUUGGUCGAUUACCCAUAUUGCUGCAAGGAGACACCUCCGUAGGCAAAACAUCCCUCAUCACAUACAUAGCUAAAGCAUCCGGAAAUUAUUGCGUCAGAAUAAAUAACCACGAGCAUACUGACCUUCAAGAGUAUAUAGGAUCUUACGCUACAGACUCCAAUGGCAAACUAGUAUUUAAAGAAGGCGUUCUAGUCGAAGCCAUGAGAAAAGGCUAUUGGAUUAUCCUAGACGAGCUCAAUUUAGCUCCAAGUGACGUUUUAGAGGCUCUAAAUCGAGUCUUAGAUGACAAUAGAGAAUUAUUCAUACCAGAAACUCAACAAGUCGUUAAAGCGGAUCCUAAUUUCAUGUUAUUCGCUACCCAAAAUCCUCCAGGCUUGUAUGGAGGUCGUAAAAUGCUGUCCAGGGCGUUUAGAAAUAGAUUUGUAGAGUUACACUUCGAUGAGAUACCAAAGAAAGAAUUGGAAACUAUACUGCACCAAAGAUGUCAUGUUCCUCCAGCUUAUAGUAAGAAAAUGAUAGCAGUUAUGGCGGACCUUCAAAUUAGGCGUCGAGGUUCCGCAGCUGUUCAGGGCAAAGACGGAUUCAUCACACUGAGAGACUUGUUCCGAUGGGGCCAACGAUACAAGUGUGCCUCAAAGGAAUCUUUGACUGACGAUAAAUUUUACGAUUGGGACCAACACAUAGCCGACGAAGGGUACCUCAUCUUAGCUGGAAAAGUACGUCAGACAGACGAGAGAUCCAUUAUCGAGGAAGUAAUAGAGAAACAUAUUAAAAGGAAGGUCAACCCUGACAAUCUGUUUACUCUACACCCUGCAACAUCUCCCGUUACCAAGUCAAUCUUGGAGACUAUUCUGAAUAACCAACUUGAGGAGUUCUCUCACGUUGUCUGGACGUACAAUAUGAGAAGACUUGCAGUCCUGAUAGCAAAAUCCUUCAGUUUCGAUGAGCCGGUCCUGCUGGUUGGUGAAACUGGUUGUGGAAAGACAACCAUAUGCCAAGUCCUGGCAGCCCUCAAAAAACGUCAGUUGCUCUCAGUUAACUGUCACAUGCACACAGAAAGCUCAGAUUUCUUAGGAGGACUCCGUCCUGUACGACAGUACCAAAACGAUGGUAGAUUGUUUGAAUGGGUCGACGGACCAUUAAUUAAGGCUAUGGAGACAGGAAACAUGUUCCUAGCUGACGAAAUAUCCCUGGCUGAUGACAGUGUUUUGGAGAGAAUGAACUCAUUACUGGAACCUGAAAGGCAGUUAGUGCUCGCUGAACGAGGCAUGGAGAACAAUUCUGACAUCGUUGUCAUCACAGCGAAUAAGAACUUCCAUUUUAUCGGAACUAUGAACCCUGGCGGAGAUUUCGGUAAGAAAGAGCUGUCACCCGCUCUUCGUAACCGAUUUACCGAAAUUUGGUGCGACAGCGUCACAUCCAGAGAAGACUUGUUGAAAGUACUCGAAAAGAGCGUUCAUAAAGGAGUGUCCCUUGGCAACCAAGAAGAUGGUAGCUCAGGCAUCGGUACUUCUAUCUUGAACUUCACCGAUUGGUUGAAAAAUUCUGAAGUAACCAACAAAUUCCCAUUCAGUAUCCGUGAUUUACUGUCAUGGGUCAAUUUCAUUAAUAUAACAGUUGCAAAAGGCCUUUUGGAUACUCCUGAAGCGUACGUCCAUGGCGCUUGUAUGACAUUCUUGGAUUGUUUCGGAACAGCGUUAACAGGCCACAUUGACUCCGAAACACUAGUUUUACUUCGAAAGAAUGCCAUCAAUCUGUUAUUGGAACAAAUUAAAUCAAGUGGAAGUGAAUACAUGGAAGGUCUGCGAGAAAUGUUGAGUAAUAAACAGACUAAGUUUGUCGCAGAAAGUGGUCCCGAAAAGUUCGGGAUCAAGCCAUUUUAUAUUGAAGUUGGACAAGGAAAUACUGAGGGAGAACAAAACUUACGUUCACGGCUCCAACAACUGGCGCCAAUACUUUGAGACUGUUACGGG